GUUGGGAGACUGAGGAGGUCCCCCUAACUCGCCAGUGGGAGAGGGGCGGGAAGGCUGGGGGCGCUUCGAAGCGUCGGGUCCGUAUCCCGCGACUAAGCCUCCUCCUUUAUCCCCGCGCUCACCCCAGAGCCUAGGACUUGCGCCCUCUUUCCUGCCACUCCCCCCAUGCGCCCGGUGUCCCUGCCCCGGCGCCCGCCCAGUAGCCCCCCUCUCCCAGCGCUGGCGCCGUCUCACGUCCCCUGCGAACCCCCGGCUCUGUCUCCAAGCCCCCUGCAGCCCCGCAUUCUCCCGCGGAGCUCGCCUCCACCUCGCCCCCGCCCCUCCAGCCCUCUCCCGCACGGCCCCCGCCCUCCCGCCGCCGGAUUCCAGCCGAGAUUCAAGCUCCCGGGAUCCCCCUUCCCGGGCGGUCCUGAGCCAGCUAGUCUCCAGAGACAAACUCUUCGUGUGUGUUUGGGGCAGGGAGUGCAGUCUGCAGAUCAGGCUCUGAUGGUGGGUCGUUAACCUCAGUGGGGACUCCAAGAUUUCCAUGAAGAAAAUCAGUUGUCUUCAUUCAAGAAUUGGGGACAUGUUCCUGAUUUGAGGUGAAACCAUGAAGAGAAAAUAGAAUACUUAAUAAUGCUUUUCCGCAACCGCUUCUUGCUGCUGCUGGCCCUGGCUGCGCUGCUGGCCUUUGUGAGCCUCAGCCUGCAGUUCUUCCACCUGAUCCCGGUGUCGACAGCUAAGAAUGGAGUGAGUAGCAAGAGUCGAAAGAGAAUCAUGCCCGACCCUGUGACGGAGCCCCCUGUGACAGACCCCGUUUAUGAAGCUCUUUUGUACUGCAACAUCCCCAGCGUGGCCGAGCGCAGCAUGGAAGGUCAUGCCCCGCAUCACUUUAAGCUGGUCUCAGUGCAUGUGUUCAUUCGCCACGGAGACAGGUACCCACUGUAUGUCAUUCCCAAAACAAAGCGACCAGAAAUUGACUGCACUCUGGUGGCUAACAGGAAACCAUAUCACCCAAAACUGGAAGCUUUCGUUAGUCACAUGUCAAAAGGAUCCGGAGCCUCUUUCGAAAGCCCCUUGAACUCCUUGCCUCUUUACCCAAAUCACCCACUGUGUGAGAUGGGAGAGCUCACACAGACAGGAGUCGUGCAGCAUUUGCAGAAUGGCCAGCUGCUGAGGGACAUCUAUCUAAAGAAACACAAACUACUGCCCAAUGAUUGGUCUGCAGACCAGCUCUAUCUAGAGACCACUGGGAAAAGCCGGACCCUACAAAGUGGGCUGGCCUUGCUUUAUGGCUUUCUCCCAGAUUUUGACUGGAAGAAGAUUUAUUUCAGGCACCAGCCAAGUGCGCUGUUCUGCUCUGGAAGCUGCUAUUGCCCAGUAAGAAACCAGUAUCUGGAAAAGGAGCAGCGUCGUCAGUACCUCCUACGUUUGAAAAACAGCCAGCUGGAGAAGACCUAUGGGGAGAUGGCCAAGAUCGUGGAUGUCCCCACCAAGCAGCUUCGAGCUGCCAACCCCAUAGACUCCAUGCUCUGCCACUUCUGCCACAAUGUCAGCUUUCCCUGUACCAGAAAUGGCUGUGUUGACAUGGAACACUUCAAGGUAAUUAAGACCCAUCAGAUCGAGGAUGAAAGGGAAAGACGGGAGAAGAAAUUGUACCUCGGGUAUUCUCUCCUGGGUGCCCACCCCAUCCUGAACCAAACCAUCAGCCGGAUGCAGCGUGCCACCGAGGGCAGGAAAGAAGAGCUCUUUGCCCUCUACUCUGCUCAUGAUGUCACUCUGUCACCAGUUCUCAGUGCCUUGGGCCUUUCAGAAGCCAGAUUCCCAAGGUUUGCAGCCAGGUUGAUCUUUGAGCUUUGGCAAGACAGAGAAAAGCCCAGUGAACAUUCUGUCCGGAUUCUUUACAAUGGCGUUGAUGUCACAUUCCACACCUCUUUCUGCCAAGACCACCACAAGCAUUCUCCCAAGCCCAUGUGCCCACUUGAAAACUUGGUCCGCUUUGUCAAAAGGGACAUGUUUGUAGCCCUGGGUGGCAGUAGUACAAAUUAUUAUGAUGCAUGUCACAGGGAAGGAUUCUAAAAAGUAUGCAGUAUAGCAGUGUAGAAUCGAUGCCAAUACAGAGCACAGGGAAAGGUCCACUUCUAGUUUUGUUUGUUGCUAAGGGUAGAAGAUAAUUGCUUUUUAAAGGCUAAAUAUUGUUUGUGGGAACCACAGAUGGUUGGGGUUGAACAGUAAGCACGUUGCUAUAAUAUGGUACCUGAAUUGCUUGGUACAAAAUGGCCAGUUCACACAGGAAUAGAAGGUACUUUAUCAUAGCCAGACUUCGCUUAGAAUGCCAGAAUAAUAUAGUUCAAGACCUGAAGUCUCCAAUCCAAGUUUGCACUCUUCUGGCCUGCCCCAUGGUACUAUGUGAUAGAACCAGCACACCUCAACCAAAAUUUUUUUAAUCUUAGAUAUUUUUACCUUGUCCUUGUUAAGAAUUUCUUGAAGUGAUUUAUCUAAAAUAAAAGUUGGCAAACUUUUUCUGUAAAGGGCCAGAUUGUAAAUAUUUCAGACUGUGUGGACCAAAAGGCCACAUACAGUCUCUGUCAUAACUACUCAACUCUGUUUCUGAAGCAGGAAAGCAACCACAGACAGUACGUAAAGGAAUAUGUGUAGCUGGGUUCCCAGGCUGGACAAAACAGAUGGUGGCCAGAUUUGGCCCCUGGGCUGUAGUUUGCUGACCCCGAUCUAAAAAAUAGGCUAUACGACAAUUGCACUUCCAGCACUUUGAGAACGAGUUGAAUACCAAGAAUUAUUCAAUAGUUCCUCCAGUAACUUCUGCUAGAAACACAGAAUUUGGUCUGUAUCUGACACUAGAACAAAACUUGAGGGUAAAUAAACAUUGAAUUAGAAUGAAUCAUAGAAAACUGAUUAGAAGAAUACUUGAUGUUUAUGAUGAUUGUGGUACAAGAUAGUUUUAAGUAUGUUCUAAAUAUUUGUCUGCUGUAGUCUAUUUGCUGUAUAUGCUGAAAUUUUUGUAUGCCAUUUAGUAUUUUUAUAGUUUAGGAAAAUAUUUUCUAAGACCAGUUUUAGAUGACUCUUAUUCCUGUAGUAAUAUUCAAUUUACUGUACCUGCUUGGUGGUUAGAAGGAGGCUAGAAGAUGAAUUCAGGCAUUUUCUUCCAAUAAAACUAAUUAUGGCUCAUUCCCUUUGACAAGCCGUAGAACUGGAUUCAUUUUUAAACCAUUUUCAUCAGUUUCAAACGGUAAAUUCUGAUUGAUUUUUAAAUGCGUUUUUGGAAGAACUUUGCUAUUAGAUAGUUUACAGAUCUUUAUAAGGUGUUUUAUAUAUUAGAAACAAUUAUAAUUACAUCUGUGAUUUCUGAACUAAUGGUGCUAAUUCAGAGAAAUGGAAAGUGCAAGUGAGAUUCUCUGUUGUCAUCGGCAUUCCAACUUUUUGUUUUUGUCCAGUGUUGCAUUUGAAUAUGUCUGUUUCUAUAAAUAAAUUUUUGAAGAAUA